AUGAUUGAAAGAUUUAAAACUAUCAAAAUGUUAGAACCUUAUUUAAAUAAACCACCUACUGAAUAAUUAAUAUUCAAAUUAAGAAUAUGUAAUUUAUAUGAUAUUAUUAUAGAUUAUUCGUUAGGAGAUAUAACAAAUAAUGCUUAUUUUAAACAUCUAAAAAUAUCUAAUUUUUAUAAAUAAGAAACUGUUUGUUAAUUUUGUUUUCAUGUUUAUAAUAAAAUAGAUUCAUUAAGAACAUAAUAAUUAAAAAAUAAGAGAGUAAUAUUAACUUCUCAAUAAAUUGAGGCAGAAGUAUCUAAAUUUAUGAGUUAAAGUAAUUAUUUUUUAUAAUUAAAAGAUUUUCCAUAAAAAGAAGCAAAAGUUUAAUUAAGAUUUCAUAGUAAAUUUUUUGAUAAACUCAAAUAAUUUGAUACUGAUUAAUUAAAAUUCUUUUAGGAAUUCACAUUAACAACAGUUCAUGAUGAUAAAUAUUUUUUGAAAAGAGGAAAAUCAAAUAGAUCUCUUCAAUAACAUUAAUAAGCAGGAUUUUAAUUACCAACUAUUAUAAAGGUUUAAGUGAAUGAUAAAGAUAAUAUGAUAAAGAAAACAAAAUAUUUGAUACCAAAAGAAUAAGCAGAAUCUUUAGGUCUAAAACAUUAUUUAGGGCAUGCAAAGAAUUUACCAUUUAGUGAUUAAGGAUUAGCUAUAAGUAAGAGUUCAUUAGAAUUAAACAAACUAUAGGAUAAGAUUAGAGAAAUAUAAAUGAUAAAAGAAAGAAUGGAUUAAGAGAAAAUAAAAAGAGUAAGAGAAGAUAUAUAAGUUAUAAUGUGUACUUAUUAUGGGAAAGGAAAGGAAGAGAAGGAUCGUUUGGUUGAUUUUGUUGAGACUCUUAAAAAAAGAGAAUAAUAAUUAGAAUCUUUGGAGGAAACAUCUUAAUAGAUAAGAUCUCCUGCAAUUCAGAUUGUAACUGACAAGAAUGACUUUUUAUCAGAAAAUUAAAGAAAGAUUAAAUAAGAUAAAGAGAAAAAAGAAUAAGAGAUAUUGUAGACCAAGAAAGACUUUUUAGAAGUAAAUAGUGAUCUAGCAUUUUCUGUUUUAAGAAAAGAUUAUGUAUCUGAACGUAAUAGUGAAUAUUGAUUAUAUAUUUUUAUUUUUUUGUAAAUGACUUCCCAUCUGAUUCGGUAUCUAUAGAUAUUCUAUUAUGAUAGUAAAGAUUAUGAGACUGAUAAGUUUUUUCUAAUAAAUAAUAAAAAUGGUACUACAUAAGAGAUAACAAAAACUGGAGAUUUCAUUAAGAAAUUUAGUUUAGAUUAUACAGGCAAAGUAGGAUUUAAGAAUAGAAUUUAAUAAUCUGAUCCAUGUCAUUAUCCUUGUUAUAUUGAAUCAUUAUCUUAAUUUCCGCAAUUUUAUAUACCUUAACCAGAUAAAUUUGAUGGUUAUGCUUAAUUGCCUCGUACAUUACAAAAACCUUUUUAUAAUAAUAAUAGGAGAUCAAGAUCUGAUGCUACUGUUGAAAGUGCUAUUGAAUUUGUUAAAUAACAAUCUUUUAAUAACAAAUACUUAAUAGAUAAACCUAUUAAACAUAUUACAGGAACUAUAAAUGAUUUUAAUUGUGUAUAAAAUUUGAAGAAAAUUAAAAUACUUGAACAUCGAAAAAGCACUAAAUAGAGAAACUUUACUAAUCAUAUUAAUAGUGUCAAAAUAAUAAAUAAUGAAGAAAUAUCUGCUCCAAAUCUUACUUUACUGAGAAGAACCAGAAUUAAAUCACAAUUAUUACCUAAAACUAUACCUUUUGGAAAUACUAACUCAAAAGAACCUUCUGAAAUUAGAAAUCUUAUUCCUUUAGAAAAUAGAGAAAUUAAAAGUAUUCAUCAAUUUCAAUAAUACUAAUCAGAACAUAAAGAAAGCGAUAUGAUGUAUCAAUCUAGAACAUUUGUUAAAUCUUAAUGUCAAUCAAAAGUCACUAGAAAUGAUUUACAUACUUCUCAUCUCACAUUAAAUCAUUUUUAAGAAAAAGUUGAUAUUGCUUAAAAAGAAGAAAAUGCUUAUAUUAUACCACAACAAAAGGAAAAACUCUCUAUUUCUUGGAAAGGAAGAUUUAGUGCUAUUAAAACUAAAAGUAAUGGAGAUUAAUAUGUCACAGAUCGAAUUAUUAUGAAAUUAUGUAUUAAUGUUUAAUAUUUUAUUAGUUUAGCCAGACCUAUUUAAAUGA